CGGCGGGAUGGGGCUGCUGGAGGAGUGUGAGGCCGCCUUCGGCUCCCCCGACCUCUACCGCCUCCUGGGCGUUCGCCGGGAGGCCUCCCCCGAGGAGAUCCGCCGGGGGUACCACCGCGCCUCCCUCCGCGUCCACCCCGACCGCGCCGAGCCCGAGGAGAAGGAGGAGGCGACGCGGCGCUUUCAGAUCCUGGGUAAGGCGUACGCCGUCCUGAGCGACGCGGAGCAGCGCGCUGUGUACGAUGAGCAGGGCACGGUGGACGAGGAGGGCGAGGCGCUGCGGGGUGAGCGGGACUGGCAGGAGUACUGGCGGCUGCUCUUCAAGAAGAUCACCAUAAAAGACAUCAAAGACUUUGAAAAGAGCUACAAAGAUUCAGAAGAAGAGCUAGCUGAUAUUAAAGCGGCAUACAUGGAUUUUGAGGGUGACAUGGACAGAAUAAUGGAGUCAGUGUUGUGUGCGGAAUACACAGAUGAGCCAAGAAUCCGGAAAAUCAUAGAAAAAGCCAUUGACUCUGGAGAAGUCCCGUCCUACAAAGGUUUUGUAAAAGAAUCCAAGCAGAAAAUGAUGGCAAGAAAAAGGCGGGCAGAAAAAGAAGCUAGAGAGGCAGAAAAGGCCAAAGACGAACUGGGCCUUGGUGGAGAAGAUGACUUGAAAGCACUGAUUCAAGUAAGGCUUUUUGCAUCUGUUGAAGAUAAUUACGUUACUGGCUUAUACUUGUAUUUUCCCUGAGCAUCUUUGUAUUUUGGAUCCUUGCAACUCUUCAGAGAUCCUGAGGUUAAAACUUGAC